AUGACUCGACGUGGGAAUAAUACGACGGUCGAGACUGAGUCGAGGCCAUCACCACAACCUGGUAAGGAACCGGGUGAAACGAGUUCUGUGACGGAGGACGACGCAUCUGAAGACGAUAGUGAUAGUCGUGAGGCGCAAUAUCGCUGCUCGCAUUGUUUCACUACAAACUCACGUGAUUGGGCUACUGGUGGUAAAGAUCGCCAAUUGCUCUGCUACGACUGUCGCGCCUAUUACAAGAAAACCAACGAAUUACCGCUGGUCAAGGAUAAGGAUAAAAACGCCAACGCAAGCAGCGACAAGGAAUCAACGUAUCUAUUCCGCCCUGUUGCCGAAUCGCCGGACGCCAGUCCACAACGCAUGCGCACGCGUAACAAAGCCAAGGAACAGACGAGUAAUCGCGGCCAGCGCCCGAAACGCGGCGCGGAGACACCCGAACCCAAAACGCCCGUCAAGCAAGCAACCACAAACACAUCCGGCUCUCCAAUGGAGAAAACAGCGAACAACGGCACUCCUGGCAAGAGUAGCAAGAAAGGCACCAGCGGGAGUAAGGAUUCAUCACGCCAGGAUAAAGAUAAAGAAACGCCGAGUAAGAGUCGCAAGCGUGGACAAGAGAAGCCCGAAGAUGUGGGCGAUGACGACAAGGAUCUCUCGCUGUAUAAAAAGAAGCGACCUGGUGAACGCGCCGAGAGUCCAUCGAGUAUCACGACUGAUUCCGGCAGUAUUAACGACGAAGCGGAGGCGAAUGAUGCGGAGAGUGAGAGCGCCAGGGAUGUAUCAUCGCCUGCGCCACCAACGAGCGCUGUAGUUCCGAUUAUCGAGAAGGAAAAGGAGCAAACACCUGCGCAGACUCCAGAAAAAGAAACUCCUGUUAAUAUUAAAGACAAUAAAGAGAAGAAAACGUCGAAAGUGGAGACAUCUACUGUGGCAGAGAAUAAACCACCAGUGGUGCAACCAACACCGGUUAUAACCACCAAACCGGAAGCAGCGCCAUUGAACGUCUCCAUUCGUCUACCAGAUGAUAUCAACGAGAGGAAAAAUCUCAUGAAGAGGAAUAUUGAACACACUGAUAUGAAAUACUCUUCAGAUGCGUUGAAAUCCUUCCCGGAAGUCAAAAAAGAAAUAAAAUCUGAAGUUAAAGCGGAAGCUGAUAUAAAAGAAGAACAACCGGAACCUAAGGAGCAGAUCCCAGCGCCACCUAUGAGUCAUUCUAUCCCUAACCCUGUCACACCUCCGGUUUUACCUCCUGUGACACCAGUGGUAUCCGCACCUGCUGCUCCUGCACCGGAAAAGUUCAAAACAGAGUUGAUUAUACCCAAGAUCAACAUGGAUAAAGUCCAGGUGCAUAUUAAGGAGGAGAUUAUGGAUACUCCUGAAGCUUUGAACCUCAAAGACCAUGACCCUUAUAAAGAUGCGUAUAAACCACCGGAAAUGUUACACCUGGGACCUAAUCAUCCUUUGAAUCUGAAGGAAUCUUCGAUGGAGAGGCCCAAAGAGCAGGUGUUGACUGUAAACCCACAGUUUGUUAAUAAAGAUAAGGAACCCAGUGGGUUUAAUGUGGUACCACCUGGAGGGAUGACCCAAGGAGGACCUCCGCCGCCUCCAAUGGCGACGAGUGUUCCAGGACCUGCUCCAGGCCCACCUCCGGUAAUGCAUCCGCAACCAUUGAAUCAUAUCAAGAUUGAACCGAGGGAUGAACCCAUGGAGCUGACGAAUAACAGUAAUAGGGAGUAUAUGCCCAUUGGACCACCUCCACCGCCUAUAUCACAACCAUUGAAUAUCCCUACGGUGAUACCCAUGAUACCAUCGAGGUCCAUGGGAGAGUAUCCGAAUAUGCCUGGGUUGCCUCCGCCUUUACCUGGGGUAGUACCUGUUUCCAGUGGUGGGGAGGAGGAAAAACGUGUUGAUCCUGCUAAAGAUCGUGUGGAUAGACAGGAGAGACCAGAAAGGUCUGAUUUGAACCUAUCUGCACCUCCCAUUGGUCAACCUCCUUUACCCUCACUAAUGCAGAAUAGUAAUCUGGUGACCAUUGGAGGUAACCAACCCAUGAACUCAUACUUUAUGCCUUAUGGACAACAUCAACAUGGCCCACAUCCGCAUCAUGGUCAGCAUUCACCUAGGGAUACCAAACCACUGGGUUUACCACCAGCGCCACCUGUCUCCAGUGCUGCACCUCCUAUUUUAGGACAAAACGAACCGCAGAAUUUGAAAAUCAAACAAGAACCUGAGUUGGUAACACCAAGUGGUUUACCAUCUUCUAUUGCAACAGCUUAUGGUCAACACCCUCCAUUAUCAGUUGGACAGGAUAGAGGACCAGGACCAGGACCAGGUGCGUUUGGUCCACCUCCACCUUCAAUCAUCUCAGACCCUCUACAGAGUUUGAAAGAUGUAAAGGUACCAGGGUUCAGUCUCCCUAAUGCUGUUGGGCAGAUUGAUCCACCUGGACCAACUGGACAGAACCACUCAUCACAUUCUGCAAACAUAAACACAAACACAGGAACAGGUGGUACUUCCUCCACGGAUAUAAACAUCAAAAAAGAAGUCCCGGAGUAUUCCCUACCACCACCGAGUGCGUCACCUAGUCAAGCGCAUCUACCACCAACGAUACCCCCACAUCCAGGCAUGCCACCCAUGCAACAUCAUCCGGGCCUACCACCACACCCACCUCCGAGUUUAUCCCGGAAUCAUCAGUCACGUGACCGAGAUAGAGACCGUGACAGGGAUAGAGAAAGAGACAGGGAACGUGAUCGUGAUAGAGAUAGAGAACGAGACAGAGAGCGAGAUCGUGAACGUGAUGAGAAACGCGAUAGGGAGAGUAUCACCCCAAAGCGCACCAGCAGUACCCCCACUCCUAUCGUGGUCAGUCAAACACCUCCUCUAAGAGUAAUGGCCACCAACUCCCCACAACCCAUGUCCAAUCAUUCAGCGAUCAAUUUGAUCAGUCCCACAUCAGCCCUGCAUCAAGUACCCACAUCACUAGCCCAACAGAUGCAACAACAUUCACCCUAUGGCCCAAUGCCACCUCCACAUCACCUCAUGCAUCCCUCACAUCUCUUCCCGCAUAUCCCUCCGUUCCAUUCACACCCUUAUGGGGCUUAUGGGUUUGGUUAUCCGUAUCCUUACGGGCCCGUGCCACAACCCCAUCCGAUUCCACCUCCGUCAAGUCAAAGGUCCGUGGAGAAAGCGAUUGAGACCUCGACGACCAUGUUGUCCGCGCACAAUACAAACUCAACCAGUAGUGUCACCACUCGAAGAGAAAUCCGUGAUGCUGAUGAGCAUGGAUUGGAACGCCAUCAGACUCAGGAAACCACUCUGACGCACCAUCAAAGCACCUCGAAUCACAGCGCUGUGCAUCAGUCCAUUGAAAAACACCCGUAUGGUUCGAAUCAUUCAAUGACCAUUUCCCACUCGACUAGUUCCAGUAGUUCGCAGAGUGUGCAGCAUAAGGUUAAGCAGAAUGUGGUGAGGACUUCAUCGCCGCAUGGCGCUGCGGUGACGCAAAGCGCGAGUAUGAAUCAUACUAGUGGAGGUGGGCAGCAUUCUCAUACGCAUUCGCAUAUACAUCAUCAUGAAAGGUUGUCGCCGUUGGGGUUGAGGCAUGUGCCGGGUGGGUUGAAACCGCCUGGUGGGCCACCGCCGCAGACUAACCCGCAUCAUUUGAUGAUACAACCGCCGAGUAUGGGGCAUCAUCCUCCGCCGCCAUUGGGCCCGCCUAGUAUGGCGAAUUCGUCGCUAGAGCAGUUGAGAGCGCAUGCGGCGCAGGCUGCGGCGAAUAUGCAACAACAACAGCAUGCGAUGCAUGCGGCUGCUGGUGCGCAUGCGCCGCCGACGAUAUCGCCGAUUACGCCGAAGGUUGAAGAGGUUAAGAUUGAACCGGAGCCGGAGAUUGUCGCUGAGGAAGAGCAGACUAGUCCGCUUGGACCACCGAGGGGACCAUCACCGGAACCGAGGAUAGAGGAUUCGGAAUGUCAUCGAAGUCAAAGCGCAAUAUUCUUGAGGCAUUGGAACCGUGGUGAUUACAAUUCGUGCACACGCACGGAUCUAACCUUCAAACCCGUGCCGGAUUCGAAAUUAGCGCGCAAGCGCGAAGAACGCCUUCGUAAACAAGCAGAAAAAGAACGUGAGGAACGUGAACGCGCCGCGCAGCACCAACAGAGUCGCAAAAUCACCACGCCGGAUAAACCCGAUGUUAAACCGCCAUCUCGCGGACCAAUGGAAACUGUCACAUCACCGUAUGACAGAUUUCCACGGCCUGGCUUCACCGAUACGCCUGCAUUGCGGCAACUCUCCGAGUAUGCGCGUCCGCAUGCCGGAUUCAGCCCAGGUAAAGGUCACAUGCAGCGAUCGAUGAUGCAGUCGCAUUGUAUUGAUCCCCUCCUGCAAUACCAGAUCAAUACGGCGGCCAUGUACGGACCUGGUGCGCGUGAGCGACUUGAAUUGGAACACUUGGAACGCGAGAAGCGUGAGAGGGAGAUUAGGGAGUUGAGGGAGCGUGAGUUGAAUGAUCGAUUGAAGGAGGAGAUUAUGAAGACGGGGAUACGCGCGCCGCCCAAUCCGAUGGAUCCGCAUUGGUUGGAGUUGCAGAGGCGGUAUGCAGCUGGCAUGGCUGGACCUGGAGGACCUGGUGUACCUUUGCAUCACUUGGCGUUUUACCCAGGCGCCGGUGCAAGCAGCGCACAACUAAAUCAAUUGGAACGUGAAAGACUGGAGCGUUUAGGUAUACCACCACCGCCCGGCCCGCAGGGGCCACCUGGCGGACCACAGGGACAUCAUCCACAUCCGCAUGCAGCACAAUUGGAAGCGGAGAGAUUGGCGUUGGCGACUGAUCCAAUGGUGCGUUUACAGAUGGCCGGCAUCUCGCCGGAGUACCAUGCGCACACGCACGCACACACGCAUGCGCACACACACCUCCACCUGCAUCCGCAGCAGCAACAAGCGCAGCAGGAGGCGGCUGCGGCUGCUGCUGGUUUUCCACUACCAGCAUCAGGAACGCCAGGAUACCCGCGACCAGGGCUUAUUCCGGGCAGGGAUGGGCCGCUCGGGUUGCAUCAUCCGGAUAUUUUAGGUCGGCCUUAUGCUGAUCAACUAGCACACCAGAGACAGAUGUUAUUGGAACGCGAUAGAUUCCCACCGCAUCCGUCAAUUGUCGCUCAGCACGAAGAAUAUUUAAGGCAACGCGACCGUGAGAUGAAAGUCCGAGCGCUAGAGGAAGCCGCCCGAGGCGGUUCAAGACAGUAAGGCGCUAGUGACUUUUCAGCAGCUGACUAUUUGUACAACAUAAUUUAUAAACCAACCACACACACACACACAUUAAUUCUAAGGCGUAAUUAGCAACUACUAAUGAAGCAACAACCAUCAAAACAAUUUAUUUAUGAAGUAAAAACGAUAUCGGCGUGCGCACGCGCGGUUUUGUACAUAUAUACAUAUAGACGAUAACAACUAUUAUUUUACUACGGACGGUUUUGAAUCUAGCGCGUAUAUUGUAUUUGUAAACAUGAAUUCUGAGAUCGCGUUGUGCAUUGUAUUGUAAAUAGGUUUUGCAAGUCAAUCAUUGCUGCUUUAAUAUAUAUCGGAAUUUAUUUUUAA